AAGAGAUUUUCCUUUGUUUUUGGUUUUUUUUUUUUUUUUUUUUUUUUUUUUAACAUUACAGGAGAACGAUGAGAUUUGUGCACAUACUCGCGUGACCAAGACGCGAGGAGUUUUUUUUUUUAUUUUUUAUUGUUUUAAAAACUUUUGUCCAGCACCGGAGAUCAGGAGCGCUGUCGCUUGAGCUUUAGACUCUCCGACAUUAGAUCGAGACGAUGUGGCGUGCGUUUAUCCCUGAACUGGUGUGUGUGGUGGCCGCGGUGGCGUGCCUGGUCCUGGUGUGGUGUCCGAGUGGAGCGGCUCUGGCCGGCUCGUGCGAGAUGGUGCGCAUCCCUCUGUGCCAACCCAUGCCGUGGAACAUGACCAAGAUGCCCAACCACCUGCACCACAGCACGCAGGCUAACGCUGUUCUCGCCAUCGAGCAGUACGAGGCGCUACUGGAUACUGGCUGCAGCCCGGACCUGCUCUUCUUCCUGUGCGCCAUGUACGCGCCCAUCUGCACCAUCAGCUUUCAGCGCGACCCCAUCAAGCCGUGCAAGUCGGUGUGCGAGCGCGCCAAGGCGGGCUGCGAGCCUGUGCUCAAGAAGUACAACCACUCGUGGCCCGAGAGCCUGGCGUGCGACGAGCUGCCGGUGUACGACCGCGCGGUGUGCAUCUCACCUGAAGCCAUCGUCAAAGCCGAUCCAUCAGAUCGGUGCAAGUGCAAGUCUGUGAAACUCGCCCAAAAGACCUAUACGAAGAACAAUUACAAUUAUGUAAUACGUGCACGGGUGAAGGAGAUAAAAAGCCGCAGUCACGACCUCAGUGCCAUCGUGGAAGUAAAGGAUGUGCUGAAGUCUUCUCUGGUUCACAUUCCCCGUGACACCGUGACGCUGCACUACAGUUCGGGGUGUCUGUGUCCCCCACUUGCAACCAAUGAAGAGUACAUCAUCAUGGGCUACGAGAACGAGGAACGAUCACGAUUGCUUCUCAUUGAGGGCUCCAUCGCACAGAAGUGGAAAGACCGAGUGGGACGCAAAGUGAAGCGCUGGGAUCAGGCCCUCAGCAAAGGCAGGAAACAGGAAAACGACAGACGCGUCCGUCCCUGACCUCGCCCCGACACGGACCAAACACGACCACACAGAAGUAUCUGAGAAAACUGAAAAAUAUUGCACUAAUCUACGUUCUUUAUGAUGUGUAAGGAGUUUGUAGCAGAGAUGUUUUUAGUUGUUUGCUUUGUAAGAUAAUUUUUUUUUUUAAACAAUAUCUCUUUCUUUAUUUUUAAUUUUAAUUUGCCUUUGCACAAACAAAAUGUUCAUUUCAACAUUGCUGCAUAUGUGUAUGUGUGUGUGUGGACUUUUAUUUUUGGGGGGUGGGGGGAGAUUUGGGUGACUUGCUUCAUGAUUGUGUUGGAAGGGAAGAUUGAUAAGGAUUCAAUGGGGCAUGAUGAGCGAGCUUAGACAAGAGCAGACGACUGUUUUCUAGCGGCGGAAAUAAAACGAUGGAAGAAAACGGUGUUCGGACGCGACGCGGCGGCGCGCCAUCCAGCUCCUCUGUGUCGAAGUCUCCCUGUCGCCGGAGUGAAACAAAACAGGAGGCGCCGUUUGGCACGAGAUGCAAACACAAGGACAAAUGUGAAAUGAAUUCUAUCAGUAACAAAGACAAUAUGUUAAGCAUUAACGAGUCACAUUCAUUUAAAAGCAAUAUUUCUUUUGCAUAUCGCCGUAGUUCUGGAUUUUGUAACUCUUAGGCACACGUCUGAUGUUCUUGAACAUUGGGACGCCGUUUAUGAACGGAUGCAUAAUAAUAGCCGUGGUUCAUUAAAGACAGCUGUUUUUAUAUUGGACGGAUUGAUACAAGAUGAUUCAGCCGUGCUCAAGCCAUUACUCAUCCUGCCUGUUAUCACAUUUAAAUCCACUAUUAAACAUAUCUGACUGGUCA